AUGAUACUCGUGUCCAUCAUGGCGGAGCUGCUGGAGGCGUACACGGCGGCGGUGGCGCGCGGCGUGGAGCGCCUGCUCUCUGCCGCGGCGCCGCGGCGCGUCCUGCCGCGCCGGGUCCGGUUCCUCGUCCUCCGGAGCCUCCCCUUCGCGACCCCACCGGUUGCUGCGCCGCCGCCGCCGCCGCCCCACGCCGUCGUCGCCAUCGCCGUCCUUACCCGUUGA